UACAACUAAACAUAUCUCUAUUUUAAUAUCACUUAUAUCUAUAAUUGUAUAACUUUAUUAUCACUCUCCAAAAUAAGGGGCAUUCAUUCAGCAAUUUGGCCCAAAAGCAAAAAUCUCUCAAUUUUGAUUUUUUUAUACAGGUUCGUCCAAUCUGUGUCUCCUUUACAUUUCUUUAUACUUCUAAUUAUAAACACUUCACUUUUUAAUUCUUACUUUAAAAAAGCAACCACAUAUAGAUACAGAUCUGUGUAUGUAUGUAUGUGUGUGUGUGAGAGUGUGGCUUUAAUUAUUUAUUUUAUCAUUUCAUUGACUGUUCUUCUAUUGGUUUUAUGAUUCAAACCUUUUAAAGCCCCUUUCUUUUUCCAUUUUAUUGUGAUGUUGAUAAGUCUUUUGACCAACAACAAAAAAAAAUAAAAGUGACACAUACAUUUUUCUUUUCUUUUCUUUUUUUUUCUUUCUUUCUUUGUUUGAGUGAUUGUGAAUUAAAGUUUGGAUCUUUUUGAUGUAAUGUGGUGAUAUAGAAGGUGGGGUGUCUUUAAUUGCUGAAGUUUUUUGUUUGUGCACACCAAGUGUUUGUGAAAAUGCCUGUGUGUGUUUUGAAAAGAGAUGGGGCAAAUGGGCAAGUGUUGGAUCUAGAUACAGCUGUGAAAGAUGGAGUUUUGGGUGGUGGGGUGGGUUUUGGUGGUGGGUUUGCUGAGAAAAUGGAUCUGAGAAAGAUGAUUGAUGAGCUAGAUCUGCAAGAUGUGCCUUGUGUGUUUAUUUGUCCAAUUUCACUUGAACCAAUGUUAGACCCAGUUACAUUAUGUACUGGGCAGACUUAUGAAAGGUCUAAUAUCUUGAAAUGGUUUAGUUUGGGUCAUUUUACUUGCCCAACUACUAUGCAAGAACUUUGGGAUGAUUCUGUUACACCAAACAGAACACUUCAUCAGUUAAUUCACACUUGGUUUUCACAAAAGUAUCUUCAAAUGAAGAAAAAGUCAGAAGAUGUACAAGGGUGUGUUUCUGAUGUUUUGGAAAUACUUAAAAAGUCAAAGGGUCAAACUCGGGUUAAUUCGUUAAAGGAGUUAAGACGAUUAGUAGCGAAUCAUGCUACUGCUCGAAAAACAGUUGUUGAUAAAGGUGGAGUUAGUGUGCUUACAUCUUUAUUAGGUCCUUAUACUUCUCAUGCCAUUGGGUCUGAGGUAGUUUCGAUUUUAGUCAAUUUAGAGCUUGAUUCGUGUUCUAGAUUGAAUCUUAUGCAGCCUGCUAAGUUUUCGUUGGUUGUAGAUAUGUUAAAUGAGGGUUCAAUUGAAACCAAGAUCAGUUGUGUGAAAUUGAUUCAAACAUUGAUGAAAGAUGAUGAUUUUCAAGUGGAAAUCGUGUCGAGUCAUAGUUUGUUAGUUGCUUUGAUGAGGCUAGUUAGAGAUAAAAGACAUCCAAGUGGUAAUUUGCCUGGUUUGAAGUUACUUAAGUCGAUAUGUUCGCAUAUUCAAGUGAGAUCGUUGGUUGUUACUGUUGGAGCUGUCUCUCAAUUGGUUGAACUAUUGCCAUCUUUGAAUCCUGAAUGUUUGGAAUUAGCAUUGUUCAUUUUGGAUGCUAUUUCAACUGUUAAAGAAGGUAAAUUGGCAUUAAGCAGUUGUUCAAACACGAUACCGAAUACAGUUAGAGUUUUGAUGAGGGUAUCUGAAAGCUGUACACAGCUUGCUUUGUCGAUUUUGUGGUCAAUUUGUAAGCUUUCCCCUGAAGAGUAUUCGUCGAUUGCUGUAGACGUCGGUCUUGCAGCAAAACUACUACUUGUAAUUCAAAGUGGUUGUGAUCCGUUGCUAAAACAGCGGUCAGCUGAACUCUUGAAGCUAUGCAGCUUGAAUUACACAGAUUCAAUCUUUAUUUCCAAGUGCAAGCUAACGAGAACGAUAAGGUGAAGCUAAGACAGAUGUUAUAUCGAAACAUGAUUCACCUACAAAAUCACCACAAAAGCCUUGAUGAAAAAUGUGUAGAUUGAUGGUGAAUUGUUGUAUAUAGUUGAUGAACUUCAAUUUGGAGUCGAAAGAUGAUGCAAAAAAGAUGUCAAGUUUGGGAUCACUGGCCGAUAUGCUUCAUUCAGUUUCUUGUUUUGGGUAGUCUAUCAUUAGGAUUAUCCAAACUUACUUCCUUUGGCUUUGUAGAAUUACCAUGGGUAAAAAAAGAUUCACCUUUUUGUCCAAUUUCUUUUUCUUAGUUUCAAAUAUCAUUUCAGUUUUGGAAUAUAUAUGUAUAAAUAUAUUUCUUUUUUCAUCAAUUUGGAAUAGAUCUUGAGUUCAUGAGGCAUGUGUUGAUAUGUGUUUUUUGCUUGUUGGACUCAAAAUCAAGUGAAUGCAAAUGCAUGACUAGUUUUCGUGUUA